AUGGGAAAACGAAAAUGCAAGUCAACGUUUCGCCAAUCUACACCAGAUUCACCGGAAUUUGGUUCUCCGCUUCCUCCUACCGCCAACGAUCAAGUUUCUGCUCCUCGUUCACCUCCGAUCAAGUCCACCACUCAGAAUCGUGCUGAGGUCUCUCAUUCUCACAGCGCAUCUUCUGAUCGUCCUUUUGAGGUAUCCAAUUCUCCAGAUAACAUUCACUCGCCUUAUCAUCUUCAUAGUUCGGAUCAUCCUGGUUUAGUGCUAGCCUCUGAACUGCUUGAUGGUAACAAUUAUGGAGUCUGGAUAAUUGCAAUGACUACUAGCUUAGAAGCUAAGAACAAGCUAGGUUUUCUUGAUGGAUCUAUCGUGAAACCGCCUGAGAAUGAUCCGUACUAUAGAAUCUGGUGUCGUUGUAACAGUAUGGUGAAGUCAUGGUUGUUGAACAGUGUGACCAAGCCAAUCUAUACAAACAUCUUGUACUUCAAGAAUGCAUCUGAUAUCUGGAAGGAUUUGCACACUCGUUUCCACAAAUUGAAUCUCAUUCGGCUGUACAAACUUCGUCAUCAGAUUCAUUCAUUUCGUCAAGGAAGUCUGGAUCUCUCUUCUUACCAUAUGAAGACUCAAUCCUUGUGA